UGCCAUGGCAACGGGGCGGCCGGGCCUGCGGCGGGAAAAGCCAGAAAAGGUCGCCGAUGGCCGAGCCCCGCCCGGGCCCUCCCAGUGCUCCCAGUGCCUCCCAGUACUCCCAGUUCUCCCCUCCCAGUGCUCCCAGUGCCCCCCAGUGCUCCCAGUUCCCCCCUCCCAGUGCCCCCCAGUGCUCCCAGUUGCCCCCUCCCAGUCUGGAGGGGCUCAUUCCCCCCUCCCACUUUGUGCUGCGCCCCAGGUCCCUGGGGGCGGAGCUUGAGGCAGAAAGGGGGCGUGGCCAUGAAUUGGAGGUGGAGCUGAAAGCACUGAAGGGGCGGAGCCAGCACCUGGAGGCAGAGCUUGAAGCAGAAAAGAGUCGGAGCCAUCGGCUGGAGGCGGAGCUUGAAGCAGAAAAGGGGCGGAGCCAACAGCUGGAGGCAGAACUUAAGACAGAAAGGGGGCGGAGCCAAGUGCUGAGGGUGGAACUCGAUGCCCUGAGGGGGCGUGGCCAGCAAUUGGAGGCAGAGCUGGAUGCAGAAAAGGGGCGGAGCCAAAUCCUGGAGAUGGAGCUGGAGACCUUCAGGGGGCGGGGCCUCAGCCCAGAGGGGGCGGAGCCAAGCCCGGAGCAGGUGCUGCUGGGCCGCUGGCGCCAGAAGGUUUUCCAGCUGCUGCUGCAGGUGAGCCUGCAACGGGGCCAGGAGCUACGGCUGCAGGGACAGGUACGCUCCCUGGGUGCUGCAGUGGCCGCCAGGUCCCGCCAGGUGUCGCUGUUGGAGCUGCGGCUGCGCCAGGGGGAGCAGGAGAGACAGGCCCUGUCCCAGGAGCGGCUCCGGGCGGAGGCGGCCGAGGAGGAGCUGGGGAAACUGGGCCAGGCCCUGAGCCGGCUGUUGGGGACACUGGGCGUGGCCCUGGCCGAUGUCACCAUGGCUGUCGGGGCCCUGGGGACCCUCAGUGAGCGCCUGGGACGGGCCCAGCACCGACUGCAGGCUCUGGUGGCCUCAGGGCGGCUCCGGUGGCGGCGGAAACCAGAGGGGACAGCAGGGGACAGCAGCACGGUGGCCCCGGAGGUGACAUCGGAGAAGGUGAGGAGGUGGCACCGAGGGGCCAGGGGUGGCUCUGUCCCCAGGGUGUCACUCCCAUGUCCCCCCCAAGCCACCAAGGGUGGGGACAGGACCCAGCCACGCCCAGGCACAGUGUCCCUGGCCCCGUUGGUGACGCAGCUCCAGGCCCUCGGUGCCGCCAUCCUCGGGGACAUUGGGGACCCCGCAGUGCCAGCGCCCCCGUGGGGACACCGGUGAUGUCAUCGGGGACACAGGUGACAUCAUCAGGGAGCGGUGGCACUGCCAGGACAGAGAUGACAUCACUGUGGAGGUGGUUACAUCACUAUGGUGAUGCUGAUGAUGUCACUAUGAUGGUGAUGACAUCAUGGCUCUGCCCCAGCCCUGGCUCGGUGUCACUUUGUCCCUGCCCAGCCCCUGAUGUCCCCAAAGCUGCCACAACCAUCCCAGAGGGUCCUCGAAGAGUCCCUAAUGUCCCCAUGGAGCUUCUUUGGUGUCCCCAACCCCCCCAAUGGCCUCCUGGUGUCCCCACAUGUCCCAGGAAUGUCCCCAGUUUACCCAA